AUGUUUUGUUAUAUGUACUGGUUUUUAAAAUUCGGUCGAAUAAAUUUGUUGUGUAAUGCGAAAACGUUGUUCCGCACAAGUAAUAAUAGUGACGUAAUGAAAACUUAUUUUCAUAUUGACCUUUUCCUUUUUGUACAUUACAAUCGUCUUCGUAGAAUAGUUCAUUGAUGUCACUCGGUAUUGGUGGACUUUCAAGGUUACGAAUCGUAGGUCGUAUUUAUUGAUUGUACGUAUUUAAAAUUAAAAAUAUAAACAUUACGAUUACUCGACGAGCUGCUGCUCAUCCCUGCGGUUUUGUAGACUUUACGACCGAGUUACAAUGACAAUGCAACAAUACUGUCUAAGAUGGAACAAUCAUCAGCCAAAUUUCAUUUCGGUUUUUUCCAGUCUUCUAAACAGUGAAUCUCUUGUUGAUGUUACUUUGGCUGCUGAAGGAAAGCAUCUGCAAGCUCACAAAGUAGUAUUAUCUGCUUGUAGUUCGUACUUUCAGCAAUUAUUUACAAUAAACCCCUGCCAACAUCCCAUAGUCAUACUCAAAGAUGUUAAGUUUAUAGACUUGAAAGUUAUGGUGGACUUUAUGUAUUAUGGGGAGGUCAAUGUUUCACAAGACCAAUUGCCAUGCAUUUUAAAAACAGCCGAGAUGCUUAAAAUUAAAGGUCUUGCUGAAAUACCUGUGGAUCAAUCAAUUAAACAAUCCAGUGUAAAUGAUAAGGCUGAACUGUUGACACCUGGAGAUUCCAACUGGAGUUCUUCUGAAGGUGUCCAGAGAAAAUCAUUAUCUCCAUCACCUUGUCCUUUAUCACCUACAGCCAGAAGGAAACGGUUGAGAAAACUAUCAAACGGUUCAAAUUCUGGUUCAGGUGAGAGAACGUCAGAAGAUCAACCCACAGAAAUACUGUUGUCAACUUCCACAGGAAGUUUGUUAGGGACUGUGAUAAAAACUGAACAACGUAGUAUGGAAAGUAGCCCACCAAAAUUAAAACAGCACAGUAGCACUGAGUCAGAUUUAGUAAGGGGUAGUUCAUUUGAAAGUACAGAAGGGGAAACUCAUCAUUCAAUUACAUUGCAAGUUCCUCAGCAACAAGAUAUUAAUACAACACAAAGCAUAGAAACUACAAGCUUAGAAGUACCUGGACCUUCAACUAGUGUAUCUCAACAGUCAAUGUCAGAAAAACCAAUUAGCAAAACCCACCCGCAAUACUCGCAAUUCUUCCGCCAAUCGCCGCACUACCACCAUCCGACGCAGCACAUCGGCACAAAACGCGGCCGAUUCCUGAUGCGUCAGCCGGCUAUCAAGAGGGAAACGGACUCCAGCCAGGCCGCUGACGGUGACCCCUUGGCGCACCAUCGCCUCUCCGUCCCCACGCCCAGAGUAGAACGCCAGUGCUCGGAACCUUUGCCGGUGUCGUCUCCGCCGCCUGGAAACCUUCUGGCGGUUCCUGGGGCGGUGCUCGUCAAGCAGCACUCGCAUCCGCUGUUGCCAAGUCAAACACAUCCGCCCUUGUCUCCGCCCCUUCGUAUACACUUGAUGCCACACACCCAGAUAUCAGAGGCGGCCGCUGCUGAAAGAGCCAUAAGUCCGGUAGUAGUGGUCUCGGAUCAUAUGAACACCACCCACGAGAUGGCGCUGAGGGCGGAUUCUGCACCGGUGGCGCCAGCUUCCGCUUUGUUGAGGGUACGAACUGAAGAGUUAAGACGAAGUGCUUCGUCGCCACAGAGUAGUACCAGGUCCAGCCAUUGUCCUGUAGUUCGACCAGGUCCGGCGCUUGGUUGUAAUUUUUGUUGGAACACUGUUGACGCUCACGGUAGAAUUUUGCGCAGAAAAACUAAAUACCACUGUCCUGAAUGCCAAACCAACCUUUGCAUUGUACCUUGUUUCCAGGAGUAUCACGAAAGGCAUGGAAGUGGCAGUAGCAACCAGGAUCCGACAGCACUCACGAGUUCGGUAAUGAAAGUCCUUAAGAAGCGACCGCAGUGCGAAAUGUUUGAAUGACGGAAGUACAGACAGGGAGAACGUAAGGAGAAACGAUAAAUUUAGAAAAAGUAACCAAAACCCAACGGGUCUGUCAAAAAAUUGUUGUUUAUACAAACAUAUUGUUGGUUUGAUUGAAAAUUGCAAUUUUUCCCGAAUGAAGCUCUCGUAUUUUUACUACUAACUAGUAUUAUGAACUGUGACUGUUCUAAAUUCAUAUGAAAUUGACUAAUGUUGGGAAAUUAUUUUUGAAGGUUUAGUAUCAGGCGUGAAUGAUGGCAAAUUAAAUAGUUAAAAAUUGCUUAUCAGAAUUUGUAAUACCUAAUGUAAAUACAGAAUGUAUAAAUAUAUUAAUGUCGAAAUAAAUGUCAAUUGUAUUUUGUGUAAUAAAUGUUGUUAAAAUGGAUAUAUCAGUUAAUUGGACAAUUUAAUUCCAAACAGAAAUUAGUAUAAUGCUUUG